AUCCAUCUCCUCUUUUCUGCAAACCGGUGGGAGCUUGCUGCCAGCAUCGAACGCGAUCUACAAGAGGGGAUCACAAUCGUUUGCGACCGGUACGCGUUCUCCGGUGCUGUCUUCUCAGCCGCGAAAGGUCUCCCUCUCGAAUGGUGCAAGGCUCCGGAUGCUGGGCUCCCCGCGCCUGAUGCGGUGCUAUUCCUGGAUAUUUCACCUGAGAAGGCGGCGGAGCGCGGAGGGUAUGGGGAGGAGAGGUACGAGAAGCGGGAGAUGCAGGAGCAGGUCCGGGCACAGUUUGCUGUACUUGGGAAACAGGUCAAGGGGUGGACGAGGGUGGAUGCUGGAAGGUCGGUGGAAGAAGUGCAGCAGGAUAUUUCGGCAGUGGUCAAGCCACUUAUUGAGCUGGUGCAGGGGCAGACGGAAAGAUUGUGGGUCGAUGACCUGCCUGGGAGGUAG